AUGGCCAAGGUAGUUGGAUUGGCAAAGAAGGUGAAGAAGAUCGGAGAAGACGAUCCCCGACGAGUGGUUCAUUCUUUCAAAGUAGGUCUGGCACUCUCUCUAGUCUCCCUCUACUACUACAUCUCACCCCUAUUCAACAGCUUCGGAACAUCGGCCAUUUGGGCUGUGCUAACCGUUGUGGUGGUCAUGGAAUAUACUGCCGGUGGAACACUGAGUAAAGGCUUAAACAGAACUUUUGCAACAUUAUUGGCGGGUGCACUUGGAGUUGGGGCUCAUCAGAUAGCCAUUCUUUCAGGGGAGAAAGGAGAACCUUUCCUCCUUGGGGUUUUUGUGUUUCUUUUAGCUGCAGCAGCAACAUUCUCGCGAUUCAUACCGGAGAUCAAAGCAAGUUAUGACUAUGGGGUGACCAUAUUUAUACUGACAUUUAGCCUGGUGGCAGUGUCGAGUGAUCGAACAGUAGAUGCGUAUGAGCUUCUUCAAUUAGCUUAUCAGAGGUUCUCCACCAUUGCCAUUGGGGUAGCCGUCUGCCUCUUGACCUCCACCUUUAUUUGCCCUGUGUGGGCUGGUGAAGAUCUGCACAAGCUGGUGGCUUCCAACUUGGAAAAGCUGGCAAGUUUCUUAGAAGGAUUGGGGGAAGAGUACUUUGGGGAGAAGGUUGGAGGAGAGACAAUGGAGAGCAAAUGCUUCCUCCGAGCUUACAACAGUGUGCUCAAUUCCAAGUCCAACAUGGAGUCUCUGGCAAAUUUGGCGAGAUGGGAGCCAAGACACGGCCAUUUUGGGUUCCUUCAUCCUUGGAAACAGUAUCUGAAGGUUGGGGCUCUUAGUCGCCAGUGUGCUUAUUCCAUGGAGGCUCUCAUGUCCCACAUCACCAGCAAUGAAAGGACCCAGGUAUGUGCAAAAAUGAAACCGGAAAUUAGAAAAAUGAUCACAUCUACCUGCAAGGAGAUGAGUAUUGAGUGCAGCAAAGCAUUGAAAGAUCUGGCGGCUACCAUUCGAACAAUGACAACACCUGCUGUCUGUCGCCAUAAUAUUGCCAUUGCUGCAGCCACCACCAAAUUGAAAGUUUUGCUAUCUGAGGAGAGCAUCCCCUCAAAGAUGCUAGAAACAGCUAUCAUGGCAUCCUUGCUCUCACAAGUGGUCCAAUGUAUUCCACAAAUUGCUGCCUCUGUGGAGGAACUUGCUCAACUUGCCAAGUUCAAGGAAUGCAAAACCCUUCAUAAAGCAACUGUGAAGCCCUCAACUGAAGAAGAAAGCCCUGGUGUUGUCAUUAAUGUAAUGGAAUAG